AGAGAUGGGUAUGAGUUGGGAAUGUUUGGUACAGAGAAAAGCCAGAGAAGUUUUCGUCCUGUAGACAUUUUGGAUACCGUUUCCCUGCACUGUUUAUGAUGUCGGCUUGAGGAGGUCUGUGUGUUCAGCUGGAAUCUGUGUAGAUUUGUCUCAUGAACCUAUGGUGAACCUGGUGAAAUGGAAUAGAUUGGAACUGCAGAUCUUAUUUUUUAAGAGAUGGGCAUGUAUAAUGAUGGGCCAUCUGAUGCAUCAUGGAUUUUGUCUCUGAUGUUAUGUCACCCCCACGUCCUGUUGGUACGAGCGGUUGCAAUUUAAAUGGGACAGCAGUGCCAGGUGCGGUCUGAGCUAAGCUGACUAGAAGAGGGGCAAAGGGCGCAGGCCAAAAGUAAAUGAUGCACAACUCCGUGUUCCUGCCUUUGCUCUUCUUCUCCCUGGUGACGAGAUGCUCCACAGCAGAGGACAUACGAAUGGCCAAGCAGCACAGAGAUCCCUGUGUGGCCGAUGAGGAGCGGCAUGUGUCGCACCGACGCUUCAGACGCGGCUGGAUUUGGAAACAGCUUUUAGUUCAGGAGGAGGACCCAAAUCCCCGGGUAAUUGGACAGAUCAAAUCAGACUAUGACAGAGGCGACUUUUCCAUUAAGUACCUUCUGUCUGGUGAGGGUGCUGGGGAAGUAUUCAUCAUAGACGAGUAUUCGGGGGAGAUCUACACGUUACACAAGCUCGACAGGGAAGAGAAGGCCUUCUAUAUACUGAGAGCCCAGGCUAUAAACAGGAAAACUAACCAGCCUGUUGAACCUGAGUCAGAAUUCAUCAUCAAAGUCCAGGACAUCAAUGACAACAUGCCACAGUUCCAGAAUGAACCGUAUGUGUCAGUAAUUCCAGAAAUGUCUCCCAGUGGGACCACAGUAGUGCAAGUGACAGCCACAGAUGCAGAUGAUCCGUCGCACGGGAACCACGCCAAGCUCAUCUACUCCAUACUGCAAGGGGAGCCAUAUUUCUCAGUGGAGCCAAAAACAGGAAUCAUUGUGACCUCACUGGCCAACAUGGACAGGGAGACUCGGGAAAAGUACUUUGUAGUUGUGCAGGUAAAGGACAUGAUGGGAUUAUCCGGUAGCUAUUCAGCUACAACCACGGUUACCAUUAUAUUGUCUGACGUCAAUGACAAUGGACCCGUCUUCCAGCACAGUCUGUACUCCUUCGCUGUGGCAGAAUCCGCUGCGGUGGGUACGACCGUGGGCCGGAUUAAGGCCGAUGACAGUGACGUGGGUGUCAAUGCCAGAAUGACCUACGGGUUGGAGGAGAAGGAGGGCAAUGGAACUUUCCAGAUCCAUACUGACCCGGUCACACAAGAGGGGGUAAUUCUGCUUGCCAAGACCUUGGAUUAUGAAACCAAGAAGCGCUUUGUCAUCAUCGCAGAGGCCAUAAAUGAUCCAGUGGACACUCGUUAUCUCGGCUACGACGAGUUCCGGGACCAGGCGACCGUGAAGAUCUUCGUGGAAGACGUGGAUGAAGCCCCGGUGUUUCCUGUUCAAGAGUAUGAGUGGAAGGUUCAUGAAAAUAUGGCUGCAGGAACGACUGUCGGCACCGUUAGUGCCAGGGAUCGUGAUGCAGCCAAUAACUCGAUUAGGUAUAAUAUUGAUAGAGACUCCAGUCUGAAGAAACUGUUCAAAAUAGAUCCAAACAAUGGAACAAUUAUUACCGUGAAAUCGUUGGACCGGGAGAGUGUAUCCUGGCACAAUUUUACCGUAACUGCGAGUGAAACAAAACAGAAUCGUUUAUUUUCUUCGGUGCCGGUUUUCAUCAAGGUGUUGGAUGUCAACGAUAACGCUCCACAGUUCGCCAAAGUCUACCAGCCAUAUGUUUGUGAAGGCGCACAGUCUGGAGAGCUCAUACAGCUGAUCAGUGCCAUGGACCUGGAUGACCCUGGAGAGGGGCACCACUUUUACUUCUCCAUGAUUCCUGAGAAGCAUAUCAACCCGAACUUCACGCUUCGGGACAACCAAGACAACACCGCUGGGAUCUUGACCCGCCGGAGCUCCUUCUCGCAGCAGGACCGCACCCAGUACCUUCUUCCCGUCGUGAUCGCCGAUAGUGGCGUCCCCCCGCUCAGCAGCACGGCCACACUCACCAUCACGGUGUGCAGCUGCGAGCCGGCAGGACACUGCCCCAGCAGCGGCGUCCAUGCCCUCGCCCUCUCCAUGGGGCUCGGCGUCUACGCGCUCGUCGCCAUUGUCGUCUGUGUCCUCACAGUCACAGUCCUCAUCGUGCUAACACUGGCGGUGAGGAGCCACAAGACCCGGCAGCGCAAUGAGGCCAAGCAGGAGAGCGACCCGGCGGCGUGGGCGGACCUUCCCGAGAAGCUGUUCCGGCACUCCGAGCCGGAGGCCACAAACAGCCUGGAAACCUACAGCCCGGUGCCCCUGAGGCGUCAGCCGAAGCGAAGAGACAGGCACAGGUUCAGCAGGGCGGAGGUAGAGGCCAGCAUCCGCAUGUCAUUCUGUCAGUCCUACCACAUUGGCCCGGAGGAUGAGGCCUUCCGGCAGUUCAUGCGGGACCGGCUGCUGGAGGCCGACACCGACCCAUUCGCCCCGCCCUUCGACUGCGUGCGGACAUACGCCUUCGAGGGCAGUGGCUCGUCCGUGGGCUCGCUCAGUUCCCUGGGUUCCCUCACAGCAUCCGAGCCGAGCCCAGAGCGGCCACAGGACUCGGGCAGGAAGCUCAUGAGACUGGCACUCUGGCAUGGGGGCAGCGAAGAGGAGACGAACUUCUGAGCAGGAUCCUCAGGAUCUCACAAAUGAGGAAACGGAACAAGAGAAGAAAGAAAAAGCUUAUGAGAAAAAAUAAACGCUGUCCUAUAACAUCAUUCUGUCUGUAUUCAGCAUGGGACUCUUUGUUAAAAGACAUUUAUAUGUGUAUUUCAACAUGUUUUUUUUUUAUUCUCAUCUCUUUUAACAUGUCAGUGCCUUCAUUUUCACAGUUUGUGCAUCACACUAGCAUGUUCUGUUAUACAGUAUUAUUUUCCUGUAGGAUAUGUAUUUAAUAUUAUUAUAAAACAGUUCCAAAGAAGUCACACUAAUAAAUAUUGUAAAAACAAAAUGCAGGGGAUGACGAGGAAAGUGUGGGGGAGGGUAAAGGUAAGCAAAUCUUUUAAUAUGGGAAUCAAAUGUUGUUGAAAAUGAACUCGACAUCUAAUGAUACUGCAAGACUGGGUGGAACACAUGUGAAACACCCUGAACAAUAAUGGUCUGGGUUUUUUGAGAGAUUUUCAGCCUGCUGGUCCCUGGGCAAGACACCACAGUUGGGGGGUAGUGUUCACAGCUGAGUUGAGUGGCUUAGUUGGGGAGUUGUGGUCAGGAGGUAUGCCUGUGAAGGACUGGACUAUACAUGGAUUGUGGAGCCGGGGUGGGUGGGAGGCAUGAAAAACAAACAAACAAACAGAUUACAAAACGAAUACUACAAACGUUGACAGGGGACACGGCAGACAGGGAAGCCAAAGUCUUGGGCUGUGAGAUUGAGCCUCGAGCGAAUCUCGCCGCUCCUUACAUAUUGAGCCUGUGACUUCAGGUUUAAUGAAGUCCCAGGUGACAAGGGGGGUUACAAAUAUUCACACUUACUUUAGAUUCUCGCAUGUAAAAUUCAAAAGCACUCCAGCAGCUUGGCUGCAUGUUGAACGUUCCUUCUUAUUUUUCCCAAAGAAGACAGAUUUAAUGUCAUGUUAAUGAAUAUUAUACCGAGAUGUUUAAUAUAGGCUUUUGGCAUUAAGAUUUGUAAUAAUUGCUUACUUUGGUAAGAUCAAUGUUGUUUUUGAUUUUUGAUACACUAUUAAUACUCAGUAGAGCACUACACACACAUGUGUGUGUGUGUGUGUGUGUGUGUGUGUGUGUGUAUGUGUGUGUGUGUAUAUAUAUAUAAAACAGUUCCAAUCGAACGUUUGGACACACAAACCCUUAGAAAGGUCUAUCUGUACAAUUCUCUAUAUUUUAGAAUUAUUACAAAGAAUGAUAAAAUAAUAUAUGCACUAUGAAUUAUGCACUGAUGAAAAAAAGUACUAAAGAAAAAACGAAAAUUAAUCUUUUGGCAGCUCAGUGGGGAAGUUGCCGGUUCAAAUCACGUGGUCGGCGGAAUGAUGCCACCAUUGGGCCCCUGAGUGAGGCCCCUAACCCCUAUUGCCACAGGGACUGGCUGACCAUACUUUCUUCACUGGUUAAUUCCUCCAAAACCAUUUCUACUGUGUUUAAAUCAGGUGGACAGGUCAUGUGAUGUUACACUCUCACUCUCCUUUGGACACACCUCUGGGUGUGUCCAAAAUUAUUACUGGAACUAUACACACACACACACACACACACACACACACACAAUGGACAUUCAUUUUACAAGUUGCAGAAACUUUGAUACAAAUUAUUCAUUAAGAUUUCCAUGACAUGAAAUCAUACGUCUGGUGCUUUUGUUUGUAUUGAUUCUUGUAAAAUCAAUUCUGUCUUCAUUGAGAAAAAGUGCCAUUUUAUGUUAAGAAUGUAACCCCUUGGCUUCUAAAGAAUGGUUGUCUUGAAUUGCUGUGGGAUACAUUUCAUUUUAUGAAUCUGCAUACAGUGUUUGAUAUACAUUUUUUGGCAUUAUGAUUCGUAAUAGAUACUUUUUACUUUUGUGGGAUGAGUAUUAUUGUCUUGACAACACUUUCAAUAAUAUUUUUUUAAAUGAAGGGGAAUUGAUAUUAGGUAAAGCACAAUACCUCUAGCAAACAGUAGACACUCAUUUUAGGAGUCACCAACGCUUCCAUACAAAUUCGGAGCUCCGAUAUUUUUGUUGCAGUGUACAUUUGACAUCGGGAUUACAUCACACCUCAAAUACCCAACUGUAUUGUAUAUGAAAACAUUAUGAAGGGCGUGAAUUCACAGGCAAAAUGCCAUCUAUGAAGCCCACGGGAGUGGUACAUCAUUAAUAGCAGAAAGACCUUUGAAAAUCCUGCAUAAAUAUCUAAUUAGGUAUGGUAACCUUUAGGAGACUCUAGUGUAUGAAUACUAAGCAGAUCAGGAGUUCUUCUACUGCAUGGAAACUAUCCACUCAACAUGUUGGAGAGUGCAUUGACAUUACAGAGCUUUGCCCCAUGUAAAAAGGGCAUGCAAUUAAAAUUGCGGAGUGCACUGAUCCAAAGUCAUUGCCCAAUUUCAACCCAAUUUAACGCACAGUUAGCCCCUUCCUCCAUGCUCCGGGAUGGUGAACAGAAAAUAACCGAUGGUUGCUUCCAAUACAAAGCCUUCUUGCGUUAUAAACCAGAUCAUUAUAAAAUGUACAACAAAACUAGUGAAGCGUUAUGUGCUCUACACACAAAUGGAUAGCAAUUUGUCUUCCGAUAUCCCCCAAAGUCAUGAACGUGCCCGGCUCGUCACUAAGGGUAGUUGUGCAUUUAAUGCGUGUCUCUCUCGUGGGAAAUGUGGAAUAUUACAAAGAGCAUUUAACGAGCUUUCUUCUUCAAACCCUGUAAAUGCCCCCGGAUCAGUCGUGUUACUCUCACACCAUUCCAUUGUAUAUUUGCAUAUUGUUAUUAUAUAUGUAUGUUUUACUUUGUAUUUAUUGAAUAAGUACCUAUUAAGUUAUUAUCUGACAUUGCUUUUCAGAAAUGCUGCAUAGUAAAUGAUAAGACUCGGUCUGGCUUGUAAGUAUUUCAGCAGUUUCCAACAAAGUCUUGUGGGCUUCUGUUUAUUUGCUUAGGAACUUUCCACUCCAUAUUUUUCUGCAUUACAUUUUUGCAUAUAUUAUUCAGGUAUACUGACCGUUAAAUUAUAUUAAAUAUAGCCACUUCAACUUA